AUGCAUGUUGAUGACACAUUGAUAUGUGGUGGCAUUCGGGAGGAGGUAUUGACUAAAAUAAAUAGAUUGGAUGCUUUCAUUUUAAAGAAUUUGGUGCGAGAAUGGUUAACAAAGUUUCCUCAUGUGGAAGCUAUUAAUGUUGAAGAUAUAAUUGAUAUGAGCUUGAAGACCCUCGCUAAUUUAAUCUUUACAGAUCUAUGGCCAGGUGGUUUAAAUAUUUACCAAUUGGCACAGUUGGAUGUGAGCGCUAUUUGCUCUGAUAAACUUUCUAUAUCUUGGGUAGUAUCUGCCACUAUGGAUAAGGAUGAUAAAACGAUUGUUGUAAACAUGGACUUUAAGGAGUUCAAUCAUAAGCUCAAGGAACUUUUAGGAAAGGUCCAUACAUUUCACAUUUACAGUGCUUCACAUCCCUGUCUUCCCUUAAUAAUUUAUCGGAUCCAACUAUUUGAGACUAAUGGAUCCCAAUUCGUUUCUCAUAAACCAUUUUUUGUUGUUAUGCCCUUAAGAUAUAAAGUAAUUUUUCAUUCUGCUCAGAGAGAUAUCCAUUCCCAAUUCAUAUUACAGUGUGUUUCAAUUGCUUUAAAUCAAUCGAGAAAUGUAAUUCGGUUGCGACCUAUUAGUAGGCCAACGAAGGAACUUCUUACUGUAUUAGAUCGCAAUUUUGGGACAGCGUUAGCUAAUAGUCUACACGGGGCUUGGGCCGCAUAUUUAGAUGUGGAUGCGGAACCGACUCCAUUAGGUAGCCCAGAAAAGCACCCAAUUGUCGUUGGUAAAAGAAGGCUUAUUUCAGAUGAUGAUGAAGGUAUAAAGUCCAAGAAAGAACGUGCAAUGCUACGGUUUAAAGGGUCUAAGCGUGGGGUAAAAUCAAAAACAAAAUAUUUAAACAAGAGGUUCUAUCAAAGAAUUUAUCGAAUGUGCGACCAAGAUGUAGCAGAUGCCGAGAUUGAGACAGACAUAUACCUAUCGCUUGUACCCGUGAAGAAGGUAGAGUAUAUCAUAAGAAUUACAGGUAGUGUAGAAUUUAAACUUAAACUAAGUGGAUUGGAUAUAUUUGGUGGGAUUCAUGAACUCUGUGAUAAACAGCAUAUAGAAAUUGACGAGCUACCUGGUUGGUUGACUGGGGAAAAUGGGAAUGAAUCUGGAAUAAUUGAAAAUGGGGAUUUUAGGAAAAUAAAUAGAGGAGGGCUUAUUUAA